AAUUCUUCUAACUUGGGAAAAAAGUUUGAACGACAAUGGAAAUCGAUGCUCCGAAGCAACAAGAGUCGAAGCAGAUCAGAGACGAAGAGCUAUUCAAAGCAGCGGAAUGGGGUGAUUCAUCGUUGUUCAUGUCAUUAUCUCAAGAACAGCUCUCUAAAUCUCUCAAUUUCACAAACGAAGAUGGUCGCUCUCUCCUCCAUGUCGCUGCUUCCUUCGGUCAUUCUCAAAUAGUUAAGUUGAUAACAAGUUCAGAUGAAGCAAAGACUGUAAUCAAUAGCAAGGAUGAUGAAGGUUGGGCUCCUUUGCAUUCUGCUGCUAGCAGCGGUAAUGCUGAGCUCGUUGAGUUGCUUUUGACCAGAGGUGCUGAUGUCAAUGCCAAAAACAACGGUGGUCGCACUGCUCUUCACUAUGCUGCUAGCAAAGGCUGGUUGGAGAUUGCUCAGCUUUUAUUAACACACGGUGCAAAGAUUAACAUCACAGACAAGGUUGGUUGUACGCCGCUUCAUAGAGCAGCAAGCGUGGGAAAGUUAGAAGUUUGUGAAUUUCUUAUUGAAGAAGGUGCAGAGAUCGACGCUACGGAUAAAAUGGGCCAAACUGCACUCAUGCAUUCAGUCAUCUGCGAUGACAAACAGGUUGCGUUCCUGCUUAUAAGACAUGGUGCAGAUGUGGAUGUAGAAGACAAAGAAGGUUACACUGUUCUAGGCCGAGCUACCAACGAAUUCCGACCUGCACUUAUCGAUGCUGCAAAGGCCAUGCUUGAAGGAUAAAAUGACUCUGAAUUGCUUUAAAACUCACGAGUCUUGUUUUGUUUAAACUCUUUGUUCUUUCAAUAUCAGGAAAUAAUAAAAGGAUUGUUCUUUU